CGGAAAAGUACAACUAACGGCGAGAUAAAGCAAAGGUGAAAACCCUAAUCUAGCCGCCAAGUGUUAGUCAGUGAUUUCGGAUCCUUCUCUCGUUGUUUUCCCUUUCUCUUUGUAGACGUCCUGAUGCUUCGUCCUUGACCUAAUUUACGUCAUCUUGGUGGGCCUCCUCUGCUGGGCCGAGAAGCCCGUAGGCGUCCGAGCAGCCGCUGAGCCGAAUAUACUUUAGUCGAUGACGAUCGACUAAAAGUACUCAAGAGUCAAGCCGAGAGACCUGACUCUUGAGCCGACCGAUCGAGCCGUCGCUCUACCUAAUCCGGGCCAUGCCUUUCUAUUCCUCGGGCCUUGUGGGAUGGUCAAAUCCAUCCUCUAGAGCAAUAGAGAGCUUCAAUUUCAGUUCUCUUAUAAUGAGUCAGAGAUGAAUUGCGCGUGAUGUUUUUCGCUGGACUGAUCUACGGCAACAUUACAUAUAAUCACAAACUGUGCUUUUAGACUGUAUGUCGUAUCAAUCAUAGGAAACCGACAUGCAUCCGGUAUAUAAUCUAAAGUUUUUGCUGUGGUUAAAUUUAAUAUGCAAAAUCCAAACUUGUAAAAUUGAUUGCGCUUGUAUCUAUUCUGCAAUAUAAAACGUGAAGCUACAUAUAUAUAAGUAAAUAUAUGUAGCAGUGAUCUUUUUUUUUUUUGAGAUCAAGUGAAUUUCAGUUGAUCUAAGAUAUUUACAUUGAUGUAUGUGUAGCAAUAAGUUGAACCGAAAUUUUACGAAGACACAUGUUAAAACGCUAGAUCUAUUAACAUUUGAUUUAUUAUAUGAACUAUUAUGAGAAGCUUCCACGUGCUUGCAGGAGUUUUGCUAGGGGUUUUUUCUUUUAUUUAUGCUAAUUUAUUUUUAUUUUUAUUUUUAUUUUUAUAUAUUCGAUUCCUAACAACUACAACCACGAUAAUCUGCUUAAGUUCGUUUAUCCAUAUCUAAUGCCCCAACACUUUAAGCGACUUCAUCAUGUCUAGUACUAGUUUGAUAAGCCUAAACUAUAUAUUUCAUAUAUGAAAUAAACUUUAGUAUAUAUGUAUUUAACCAAAAAAACAAACUUAGUAUAUAUAUAUAUAUAUAUAUAUAUAUAUUAUAUAUAUGUCAGUUCCUAUAUAUAAAUUUCAGAACGCAUAAACGAUACCAAAAAGGGAAUGUGAAUCUAUAUACAUGCUAUAUCCAAAAGGACAAAGAAGCCAUUACAAAACAUUCCCUUUGUCAUGGGAAGACAUCAACAAGAACGUUGACCACUAGCAUAUAUAAGCGGAUGUGUUUGAUUGGUUUUUAUGAGACACACGCAUGUGGAUACAUAUAUAAUCUUUCACAAAGUUAAACAUUAAAUAACCAUUAUAAUUUCCAAAUGUUAAACUCAAAUACAUUACCGUAAUAUAAAACUUUGAUUUAGUAAUCAAUUUAUACCACUAUUUAUCAAAGUUGCUUUAUGUUCCUUUUUCUUAAUACAGAUAUAUACUAUUUAACUUUCCACUAAUUAAUUUGGUAUAUUACAUACAUUAUAGGGUAUAUAUAUGAAUCCAAAUAAUAAUAUUGAUCAAAAGCUUUGCUAAGGCAGUUGAACAAAAAGUUAGGUGAAUAUAGUUGGCCUCGAUGUUAUAUACCCUUUUACUCUCAUUUAUCUUCUUUCUUCCCUACAAAUAUCCUUAUCACCUUUCUUCUUCUCUUCUCCUUCUUCUUGAUAUCCACAAACAUAUACAUAAACAAACUUACAUAUAGCGUGAGAAAGAGAUAAAUCUAGAUAGAGGAAGCUUCAAAAACAAAUGGAAGGGAUAGACAACACACACUCGAUGUUAACACUAGAAGAAGGCGAAAACAACCCUUUUUCUUCUUUUGACGACAAACAGUUAAUGAUGAUGGUUCCUUCCUUAAUGUUUUCCGGCGAUAUGGGCACAUCUUCUUGUUCUCCAGCGAGUUUUCAUAUGUCUUCUCAGCCAGAGAACUUUCAAGGCGGAGGAGGAGGAGAGCCGAUGGAGAUGGGAGGAUUAAAUGAUCACAAUAAUAAAGGGAAAGGCAAGAUAUCGUCGGCCUUGCAGAGAAUUGCGUUUCAUACGAGGAGUGAUGAUGAUGUUCUUGAUGAUGGUUAUCGGUGGAAAAAAUACGGUCAAAAAUCUGUCAAAAACAAUGCUCAUCCCAGGAGCUAUUACAGAUGCACGUACCAUACAUGCAACGUGAAGAAACAAGUGCAAAGGUUGGCAGAAGAUCCAAAAGUUGUCGUAACAACCUACGAAGGUGUUCACAAUCAUCCUUGUGAGAAGCUCAUGGAGACUCUUAGUCCUCUCCUUCGGCAACUUCAGUUCCUCACCAGAGUUUCUGAUUUGUAAAUGUAAUUUAGUUGUGUAACUAUGCAUAUUAAUCAUUAUUUCAUCACUCCAUUGACAAAAACACUCCCUUGACCCCAAUCGAUUUCCCAAUAGAAAUGUAUAAAAAAUAUCUUAAAUUAUAUGAUUUUCAUGUUUAUUGAGAUGGUAUUUGUUUGAUUUUUUUCUUUGUUCUCUCCUUGCUGUGUAGCAUUUAUCGAAGACUGAAUAAAUCGGCUUAACGAAACAAUUUUAAAAAUAUAAAUUUUAAUAUUCAAACCAAGUGGUGGUAGCCUAGCGACAAUUUAUUGCGGCUUAGUGUGUACCCACAUCAAUCAUGGGUUCGAUUCUCCUGGGAACUAAAUUAUCAUCAUUUGGCCAGUCUGGGUUUAGGAUUCGGCCCAAGUGGUUUACAAGGUGAAUUGUAACAGAUGACCAGUCUACUCUGUAGCACUAAGUACGUUCCUUCCGAAGCUGACCGGAUCAGCCGAUAAGGUUUAUCGAAGAAAAAAUCAAAAAAAAAAAUUCUAUAAGAUUUAUCAUAAUAAGAAAAAGACAGGAAAUUCUAAUGAUCACUUUCUUCUCCUUGCCUGCAGAGAGAACAAUACAUUUUCCUUCAACAAUAACUCAAGCUCUUA